AUGUCUUGUGAUUCAGAUAAGAAACUGUGUUAAAAGCAUAAGUUAGAAAUUUAAACAAUAGAUCUGAAGUAAUCAACUGCUGAAGAGGAUAAGUAUCUAUGUAUUAAGUGUUUAAUGGAGAAGAUUGAUAUUAAAAAUAUGGCUCUCGUAGAAGAAACCAAAACUAUGAUUAAGUAAAUGAAAAGCGAAUAAUUGAAUUAUAAAAUAAAAGAAUAUUAAAGAAAGAUUGAAAACUAUAGAUAAAUUCAAUCAUAAGUUAAAGAAUUGAAAUUAUCAAUUAAUAACACAAUAGACAAAGUUUAAUCAAAUUUAGAUUAAAAAGUAAUUGAGAUGGAAAAUGAAUUAGAUGAAUCAGAAUCAAAAACACUUGUUUCUACAUUUGAAUAAGAUGUCAGAAUUUUAUCCAAAAAUUAUAAAGGGUCUUUUAAUUUUGAAGUUUCUUAAGAACUAGAAAAAUCUAUUGAUGACAAUUGUUAUAUAGAUUUUAUAUAGUAAUAACUAUAGAAUAUAAGUAAUUGUCCUAAAUUAAUCUAAAUAAAAGAAUCCUUAUAAAAGAAUAAAGUUAAUAAUGAGAAUUCAGAAAUAAAUUCAAUAUAAGUACUUAACAAAAAGGAAGAAGAUUCGCAAGUAAUUGCUAUUAAUAAAUAUUUUAAAUAGAAAACACCAUGUUUGAAGAUUGAAUGUAAUAAACAUGGAAAAGAAAUUAUCAUGUUGAAUUUGAAUCCUGAAAAAUCAUAGUAUUCAAGAUUAGCUUGUGUUGAAUGCAUAUAAUCAAAUGAUCCAAUUCAAUAUACAACCUUAGAUGAUGCUAAUUUUAAAUGGAAUGAAUAUUUAGAAUAAACAAAUGAAAAGGUUAAGAGAUUUUAGAGUUAAAGAACUUAAAAAUCAUCUUAAAUUAUUGAGAUUCUUUAAGAUAUUAAGGAAAAGUAUAAUUGCACAAUAUCAGAAAUUACUAAUAAUAUAAAUUCUUAAUAAUAAAUGUUUAAUUAAAAUGAAAUAAAUUAAUUUAAUGAUAAUAUGAUUUUUGAAAUGAAGAUUGAAUAAAUUAAUGAAUUAACUGAAAUAUUGAGUUAAAAUGAUUAUUUCAAAGCUUUGGCUGAAAAAUAAUUUAAUAUUUAGAAGGAAGAUCUUAAUCAACUUUAAAUUAUUUCAUCUAAUUUUUAGAAAUUGCUGUAAAAUGAAUUAAUAGCAUAUGAAAAUAUUAAAAAGAUAUUUAAGGAUUCAAAUUUAAAUAUGCAAAAUAUAAAUAAUCUAACAGAUGAUAUUUAAUUAGAUGAUAAUAAUCCAAUUUAGAAUCUACAAUAAAUUAAAUAACUUAAUUUAUAAUUAUAGCAUUUCAAAAUAUAUGAAAAUUUCUUAAGUGAAGCCUUAAAUUAAUAUGAUUUAAUUAUGCAAACAAUAAAUAGUUUAUCUAAUUAAUUUAAAGAUUUAUAAUUAUAAUAGGUAAAAAUAUAUUCAUUUUAAUAAGUUUAAAGAAUAUACAUCAAAAUUUGAAAAAGAUUUCAAAUUUAUAUAAAAAUUCACCUAAUUUGAUUAAAUUGCAAUAGAGCUCAAAUUAAAUAAAUAAGAAAAUGAAUAGCUUUAAAAUCAAAUUAUAGAAAAAGAAAAGUUAAACCAAUAGAAUCAAUAAAUUAUAAACGAAUUUAAGAAUAUUAAUACAGAAUAAGUGGAGCUAAUUUCUAAUUUGAGGAAUCAAAAUGAAGGUUUCUCAUAUAAACUAUAAGAAUUUGAGUAAUAAAGUAAAAAUAUCAUUAUAUUGCAUUUAUCAUAGGAUCUAAAUGUGAACUUAUACUUUAAGAGAAACAAACUGAAUUACAAUUAUGUUAAUAAUUAAAUCAGAAAAAUGAAUAAAUUUUGAAAUAAGUAUAACCUUAUUUUAAAGUAAAACAUUUAUUUAAAGUAGGAGUUGUAAUUCUCUUAAUAAAUGACAUUCUCAAAUACUUAUAAGUAUAGUAGUUGCGCAGUAACUUAAAAUGGAAAAGUUAUUGAGACUGGAAUGGGAGGGGGUACUCAUUAAUGUUGCAUGUGUGAUUAAAUGAUUCCUAAACAUAAUGUGACCCAUUUUGCUGUUAAAAUUAUUGAAAGUGAUUCUGUUAUGAUUGGAAUUGGUUUUAGAGAUAUUGUGGAGAAUAAGGGCUAUUAUGGUUGUUAUUAAAUUGGAGGAGGGUAUAUUUAUUAUAAUAGUAUUUCGAAAUAGAACUUAUAAUAUAUGGUCUUCUGGUGCAUGUUUUAAUCAUGAUUAAGAAGAUAAAAAUAGUAAAUAAAUAGCAUUUGCAUUUUCAAAGAAUGAUAUCAUAAUUGUUGAAGUGGAUAUUUAAAAGAAGUAUGUGAAAUGGACAAAGUAAUCCACAAAUGAAUCUUUCGUAUCAAUAUCUAUUUAUUAUUAGUCACUCACUAUUGAUACAUCUAAAGAUUUAUAUCCAUGUGUACAUUUAUAUAAUAGAGGUAAAGUAGAGAUAGUAAAUUAUGUGUUCAAAUGA